AUGAACGCGAAAAUGCUUUCCCUCUUCCUAUGCCUCUUGGCUGGGACAAUAAUCUCAUCUGUUCAUUGUGAAGAUCCUUACUUCUAUUUCACAUGGAAUGUUACCUAUGGCACCCUCUCUCCAUUGGGUGUCCCUCAACAAGUUAUUCUCAUCAAUGACGAAUUCCCUGGUCCCAAUAUCAACUCCACUAGCAACAAUAACCUUGUUGUUAAUGUCUUCAACAACCUUGAUGAACCUCUUCUUUUCCAUUGGUCUGGAAUACAACAAAGGAAGAAUUCAUGGCAAGAUGGUUUACCUGGAACAAACUGUCCCAUUCUUCCAGGAACAAACUAUACUUACAAAUUUCAGGUAAAGGAUCAGAUUGGAAGCUACUUUUACUACCCAAGCAUUGGAAUGCAGAAAGCAGGUGGUGGAUUUGGUGGGCUCAGAGUGAAUAGCAGGUUGCUCAUUCCUGUUCCUUAUGCUGAUCCAGAGGAUGAUUACACCGUUCUCAUUGGUGAUUGGUACACCAAGAGCCACUCUACUCUAAGAAGCUUAUUAGACAGUGGUCGUUCUCUUGGUAGGCCACAAGGUGUUCUCAUCAAUGGAAAAACAGCAAAAGGUGAUGGAAAUGAUCAACCACUCUUCACAAUGAAGCCAGGGAAGACAUACAAAUACAGAAUCUGCAAUGUUGGUCUCAAAAACUCACUCAACUUCAGGAUCCAAGACCAUCCAAUGAAGCUUGUUGAGUUGGAAGGGUCACACACAGUGCAAAACAGUUAUGACUCGCUUGAUGUUCAUUUGGGACAAUGCUUUGGUGUACUUGUAACUGCUGAUAAGGAACCAAAAGAUUACUACAUGGUGGCAACAACAAGGUUCACAAAAACUGUUCUUCAUGGUAAAGGUAUCAUUCGUUACACCAAUGGUAAGGGUCCUGCAUCACCUGAAAUUUCUGAGGCACCAGUUGGUUGGGCUUGGUCUUUGAACCAAUUCAGGUCAUUCCGUUGGAACCUAACUGCUAGUGCUGCAAGGCCUAACCCUCAAGGCUCUUACCAUUAUGGUCAGAUUAAUAUUACAAGAACUGUGAAGCUUAUUAACUCUGUGAGCAGGGACAAUGGAAAGCUUCGUUAUGCUCUUAAUGGUGUUUCUCAUGUUGAGUCUGAAACCCCUUUUAAGCUCGCUGAGUACUUUGGUGUCCCUGAAAAGAUUUUCAAAUACGACACCAUUGUUGAUAACCCACCCCAGAGUGUUGUUUCAAGCCCUGUCACCUUAGCACCCAAUGUUCUUAAAUUCACCUACCGAACCUACAUUGAGAUCAUCUUUGAGAACCAUGAGAAAAGCAUCCAAUCCUACCAUUUGAAUGGUUACUCAUUCUUCUUUGUCGCCAUAGAGCCUGGCACGUGGACCCCAGAGAAGAGGAAGAGCUAUAACCUUCUUGAUGCAGUGAGCAGAUACACCAUUCAAGUGUUCCCGAAAUCAUGGGCAGCAAUAAUGCUAACAUUCGACAAUGUUGGAGUGUGGAAUUUGAGGUCGGAGAUUGCUGAGAAUCGUUACUUGGGACAACAACUUUACAUUAGCGUUCCAACCCCUGAACGUUCUCUUAGGGAUGAGUACAAUAUUCCAGAAACUGCUUUGCUUUGUGGCCAUGUCAAGGAAUUGCCAAAGCCAGAACCAUACCAUUAA